CGGGUUUUACAAAACCCUAAACCCAAAGGCCAAAGCUUCUACCCCUCUUCUCCCGCUUCGCUCUCUCCUCAGCCUGCAACUGUCGAUUCGAAGAGGAAGUGCGCUGAAAUCCCAUUUACUUCCAUUUCACCUAGGUUGUUAUUCCGUUCAGCGUCGCUUUGGUAUCGCAAGUUGAGAAAUUGGGCAUUGAAGGGGAAAAAAGAAGAUGAGGAAGAAGGUGGACCAACGUAUCAGAACUCUUAUUGAGAAUGGGGUCAAAGCCCGCCAUCGUUCUAUGUUCGUCAUAGUUGGUGACAAGUCCCUCGAUCAGAUAGUUAAUUUGCACUAUAUGUUGAGCAAAUCGGUCACCAAAGCGAGGCCGACUGUGUUGUGGUGUUACAAGGACAAAUUGACGCUUAGCAGUCAUAAAAAAAAGCGAGCCAAGCAAGUAAAGAAGCUCAUGCAGAGGGGGCUUUUGGAUCCUGAGAAAGUUGAUCCUUUCUCACUUUUUGUUGAAACUGCUGGAAUAACUUAUUGCUUAUAUAGAGAUUCAGAGAGAGUUCUUGGUAACACGUUCGGCAUGUGUAUAUUACAGGACUUUGAAGCUUUGACUCCAAAUCUCCUAGCAAGGACUAUUGAGACUGUUGAAGGUGGUGGCAUAAUAAUAUUGUUGCUUCGCUCUCUUUCCUCACUCACUAGUCUCUACACCAUGGUUAUGGAUGUUCAUGAGAGAUUCCGUACAGAAUCACAUUCUCGUCCUGCUGGGCGCUUCAAUGAGCGUUUUUUGCUUUCACUUGCUUCAUGCAAAGCUUGCAUUGUCAUGGAUGAUGAGCUCAAUAUUCUUCCCGUUUCUUCUCAUAUGAAAUCAAUUACCCCAAUUCCUGUUAGAGAGGAUUCAGAGGGGCUUUCAGAAGCUGAAAGGGAAUUGGCUAAUUUAAAAGAGCAACAUGAUGAUGACUUUCCUGUUGGACCUCUAAUUAGAAAGUGCCGCACAAUGGACCAGGGGAAAGCAUUAAUUGAAUUCCUUGAUGCAAUCUUGGACAAGAGUCUUCGAGGUACAGUUGCUUUGCUUGCUGCUCGUGGCCGAGGAAAGUCGGCUGCUCUUGGUCUAGCAAUUUCCGGUGCUGUUGCAGCAGGAUAUUCCAAUAUUUUUGUGACUGCACCUAGCCCAGAAAAUCUGAAAACUCUGUUUGAAUUCAUAUGCAAGGGAUUUGAAAUGCUUGAGUACAAGGAGCACUUGCACUAUGACAAGGUGGAGAGCACAAACCCUGAAUUCAAGAGAGCAAUUGUCCGGAUAAAUGUUUACAAACAGCACAGACAGACUGUUCAAUAUAUACAGCCACAUGAACAUGAAAAGCUCUCCCAAGUUGAAUUGCUGGUUGUUGAUGAAGCUGCAGCUAUACCAUUACCAGUUGUGAAGUCCUUACUUGGUCCCUAUCUAGUAUUCCUUUCAUCUACUGUGAAUGGCUAUGAAGGUACAGGAAGGUCUUUAUCUUUGAAACUCCUUCAGCAACUUGAGGAGAAAAAUCAGCUAUCAAGUAGAAGCACUAAGAAAGUUGACUCAGGCUCGCUCUUCAAAAAAAUUGAAUUGAAUGAGUCCAUUAGAUAUGCUUCUGGUGAUCCCAUUGAAUCCUGGCUUCAUGGUUUGUUGUGUCUGGAUGUUACAAGUUCCAUCCCUGGCAUUACCAGGUUACCGCCACCCAAUGAGUGUGAUCUCUACUAUGUCAAUAAAGAUACCCUUUUCUCCUAUCACAAGGACAGUGAAUUAUUUUUGCAGAGGAUGAUGGCUCUCUACGUUGCUUCUCACUACAAGAACUCUCCAAACGAUCUGCAAUUGAUGGCUGAUGCACCAGCUCACCAUUUGUUUGUGCUACUUGGACCUGUUGAUGAGUCCAAAAACCACCUUCCUGAUAUUCUCUGUGUCAUCCAGAUAUCUUUUGAGGGACAAAUUUCUCGUGAAUCUGCAACCGAGAGUUUAAGGAACGGUCGUCAGCCCUCUGGGGAUCAAAUACCUUGGAAAUUUUGUGAGGUGUUCAAGGAUCCAGUUUUCCCAAGUCUAUCAGGUGCUCGCAUUGUGCGCAUUGCUACCCAUCCAAAUGCAAUGAGGCUUGGCUAUGGUUCAGUUGCUGUCGAGCUUUUGUCAAGGUACUUUGAGGGUCAAUUAACACCAAUCUCUGAGUUGGAUGAUGAAGAAUUUCCAGAGAAUUCUCCAGUUAGAGUCACAGAGGCUGCAGAGAAGGCUUCUUUGUUAGAAGAAAAUAUAAAGCCGCGGACUGAUCUUCCUCCGCUGCUUGUACCACUUCGUGAACGGAGACCAGAAAAACUCCACUACGUUGGAGUUUCUUUUGGGCUUACUCUUGAUCUUUUCCGGUUUUGGAGGAAGCUUAAAUUUGCACCAUUCUUCAUCAGCCCUAUUCCUAACAAUGUCACCGGGGAACACACUUGUAUGGUCCUGAAGCCACUAAAUAACGAUGAUACUGAGUCCAAUGGAUCGGAUGAGUUGGGAUUUUUCCGACCUUUCUAUCAAGUGUUCAGGAAGAGGUUCUCGAAACUUUUGCCCUGUGAUUUUCGUCGAAUGGAUUACAAGCUUGCCAUGAGUAUAUUGGAUCCAAAAAUCAACUUCUCAAAUAUGGAUCUUUCCGUGCCAUCCUCCGAUGAACACUUAAAAUCUAUAAGUGAAAUGUUGGAUUCAGAUGGUAUGCAAGAUCUUGAAGCAUACGUAAAGAAUGGUGCAGAUUAUCACACUAUUAAGUAUUUGAAGUGUGAUCUUGCUCUUGCAUACUUUUGGGAGAAAAUUCCAGUUACAUUGUCGUUGGCCCAGACUUCUAUUUUGCUCUGUAUUGGUUUGCAAGAUAAAGAUGUAUCCUACGUCGAGGGAGAGAUGGAUCUGGAAAGAGUACAGAUACUGGGUUUAUACAUCAAAAUCAUGACGAAGUUUCACAAAUUCAUUAGCGCCCUCGCAACCCAAGGGACUCAGCCCACCAAUUCCCGACUAAAAGAUAUUAUAAUGGAACCACAUCCGGUAUCCGUGGAGGAAGAUCUGACCGAUGCAGCAAAGCAAGUCCAGGAUGACAUGAAUUCGAAAGAAGAUGGUGCACUUAAUCCAGAUCUCCUUCAACAGUACGCCAUCGUAGAUAAAGAUGCUGAUUUCGAAAAUGCCUUGCGAAAUAGCGGUGCAAAGGCUCUCUCCGGCAGUCUUAUUAGUGUAAAGUCGAAUCGGGAGAGGAGUGAGAAACGCGGGAAACCAGCCGAGAGUGAGAAGAGUGAAAAGAAGAGAAACAAGAACGACCAUAGCUCGAGAUCAAACAAGAAGAGAAAGGCCUGAACCAUAUUUUAUACACAAAACAGUCAUUAAUUUUAUCAUAACAAUUUUUUUUUUACACUAUUUGGAAGAUGGAUUCGAAGACUAAUUGUGAUCUACUUCUCACAAUUUUGGUUAUCAAAUUUUUAUUUAUGUACU